UUUCUUUCCUUAGUUCGUAUUUCGUAACCUCAACAUCAAUUCAACUAUGUUGUUGGUCAGUUUAACUGUUUUUAUAGCUAAUUAAUUUUUUAAUCUUAUUUCUGCAAUAUCAUUCCUCGAAUUGCAACGUAAUGUUUUAAUGGCUGCAAUAGAAAAAGUGAAAGUACUGGUUUUAGGUGAUUCAGGAGUUGGAAAAUCAUCACUGACACACUUGAUAGCGCACAAUGAGCCGAUAAGUAAUCCAUCUUGGACAGUCGGCUGUUCUGUCGAAGUGAAACUUCAUGAAUUCAGAGAAGGGACCCAAUACCAGAAGACGUACUUCAUUGAAUUGUGGGAUGUCGGUGGAAGCAGUAAUCACAGGAAGACAAGGACCACAUUCUACAAUGGCGUACAUGGUUUGAUUUUUGUGCAUGACUUGACAAACCGUAAAUCACAGCAAAAUUUAAAGUGUUGGCUUUCGGAAGUUGUGAAUCGAGAUUCGUAUAAAGCCAAACAAGGUUUUGAAGAAUAUGAUUCAGAACAAUGUGCAGGAUCAAAUAUGUUACCUAUGAUUUUCAUUGGAACUAAGCUUGAUCUGGCUGGGGAGAAACGUGUCCAAGGAAAUAUGAUGGGUUUGGAUAUUGCUCAGGAAUGGGGUGCUGAUAAAAUAAACCUUGAUAACAUGGACCCGAGGUCUCUGGCUCCUGGGAGCAGUUCUGCUGUUAAACUGAGCCGAUUUUUCAACAAAGUGAUUGAAAUGCGUUACCACAAAAGGGAACAUGUCAGCCCAUUUGCACCAGACAAAAAACGCUUCUACACAACCAUUUCUCCAAAUAAUACAAAAUCUUAUCAUUAUGAUUAAUAGGUUGACUGUGAUAACUUAUUUUUUGAUUUUGUAAUGUGUAAUCGUAUGAAUAAAUACUAUUUGUUUGUCGUAUGGUCAAAUGAUUUUGAAAUGUAAAAAGUUUUAUAAAGAAAUAAAUCUUUACAGUAUAUACCAAAUAAUGUAUUUCCAUUUAAUUUAUAAUUAUUUAAAUGCAUUAAGAAAUAUAUUUUUUACUUACC